AUGCCACUUCAAUCUCAAGAUUCUCAUCCCACUCUUCCAAAACGCAUGCGAUUAGGAACACAAGGUUGUUACGAAUGUCGAAAACGAAAAGUUCGAUGUAUCUUCACCAAAGAAUCUGCUACAUGUGAAAAUUGUGAAAUGAAAGGUCGAAAAUGUACGGAACAGAGAAGAGAAUUGAAUCAAGUGGGAAAUGUUGAUACGAGAGAGAGUCGAUUGAAAGACUUGAAGGGUGAUUGA